CACGUCAUAAUGAAAUUUCGUCACCAUGUCGUCACAAUAGCAUUUGUUGAGGUUAGAUACAGCUAGUCAGGAAACAUCAUGGGCGUCUUUCAGAGUUGUCUCGCUAGAAACAAUAAGAUAGGAGUCAUGAAAGAGGAAAUGGAGGUCUACGAAAAAGUACGCAGUGAAAUGGUCACGGAGGAUAUAGUAGAAAAGAAAGGCGGAGUGGCCUUUGGUCUUUCUUUUGUAUCUGAGGAUCCACCAAAAAUGCCACCUCCCCAACUAGUCGAAGAUAAGAAAGGGGAAUUUGAGAAAUGGAGAGAGACUCAGGAGAAAACACAAACCCUGAAACAGGAUAGGGCACAUCAGAACAGGGAGGAAGCCCUUGCUAAGAGGAAGAUUGAGGGUGCUCACAAAGAAAUGGAGCGUCUAGAAAAAUACCUCAAUAUUGGAGCCGAAGAAUUCUGAUAUGGACUCAUUAAAACUAAUUUUGGAUUUUUUUUAAAAAGUUGUAAAUCUGAACAUUUUGUUUGAAAUGAAAGGGGACACCUUAGCUCCUUAUCUAUUUAGUUUGUCUGUUAACAGAUUUCGGGUUUAUUUUUAACCCCCCCCCCCCCCCCCCCCCACACACACACACAGCUUUUAUUGGAAAUAUCCAGGAUGUCCGUCUCAGUGGUACAUCUUAUGAUAGAACUGCUGGUCAACAUUUGUUGAUGUUUGUUUUCUUUUCAUUUGGUGACGACACAGAUCGUUUUGUUGAAUUACCAGAGGAAAUCCCUGCAAGUUUUUCGGAACUUGGAAAGGUAAUGGAAUCCCCUUCCAAAAAGUUAAAUUGAAGAAAAAAAAAAAAAAAAUCCGCUUAGAGAUGUUUGAAAGCUCUGUUGUCCUUUCGCUUUUAAACUUUUCUAAAAUUCAUAUUUAAACUGAUCUAAUAAAUAUACUUUUUAAUAUA